ACGUGUAAGGUUAAAGAGAGAGAGAGAGAGGAACCUGGGAUAACGUGCGCAUGAGGGGAAUACGCGUCCCUUAGACGGGCGAGUCCCGACAGGGGAUCGAAUGCCAAGGCUGGCUGUGGCAGCGGCGGAGGCAUGCGGACCGCCUGCGGCUGCUGGUGGCGGCUGCAUCCUCCCCCUGGUCCAACCUCCUCCUCUGCCCGCCAUUGACUUACCGCAUGCUAUCGUGCGCCUCAGGUGCUCCUCCCCAAUCCCAUCCUCUUCAGUCUUCUCCUUCUCAAUUUCUAGGGUUAGUCAUACACGUUGGGGCGAUGCGCAUCUUAGCCCACAAGUCGAUGCUCGACAGGGCCUGAAGCAGUUCGGACCCCCUCACAUUCUCGUCUUCUCCCUCGGAGAUUCCAUUGCCAAGAUUGUGUAGGAAGGGAAUUGUAUAUUUUUGGAAUGAAUGCUAAUCGAAGGGUUUAAUUUUCAAUCCAA